AUGGUGGGCCGUCCGAUAGGUGGAAGGAGGGAUGGCCGAAAGGUGAUUGGUUAAAGGUGGUCCCCGGGUUUGUAUAGAGGUGAGAGACUUCAACUUUGAGUGUUUCACUGUCACACACAGGACAGCUGCAGCGAGCGCCUGGGACUGACACCUUCUCGGCUGAAGAAGAGCUUUUCUCAGGUAAGUUUUGCAGUCUGUCCUCUGUCCGUCUCACUUCACGGCCCUGUCUCACUCCACGGCAGCUGUACUACAGUGAACUUUACCGUACGGCCUGUUUGACUUUUCUUUUUAGAGAAAGAUGGACAAAAGAAAAUGCCUCCGUAAGCAAAAGCACAUUGAGGAGCAGCGCAGAGAGGAAGAAAUAGAAGGUAGGUUGCUGCUGCAGCUCUACGUGCUAGGCCGCUAUGGGGCGCCGUCUGCUAUGGCGCACCGUUUGUAAAGCGGCUCACGCUGAAAAAAAACGGCAACAUUUUGCCACAUUUAGCUUCAAACAACGUUUAAAAAACUGGUGUGAACUUUUGACAGUCACUUUUUUGCACAUUUACAACAAUAUAUGUCAACUUAGAGAUAUUUUAAACAGUUAAAUCUAAAUAUUAAAUGUUAAAUGUAAAAUCUAAAUCUUAAAUCUAAAUCUAAUUGUUAUAUCUAAAUGCUAAAUCUUAAUGUUAAAUCUAAAUGUUUUGGGUGAAACUAAAUAUUUAGCUAAUAUGCAGAUUCAAAUGCCGGUAACCGGAAAUACCAAAAUAAAAGCUCGAGGAUGUCAAUGUGUGUUUAUAGCGUCAAAUAAUGAAUAAAACCCAUCUCAUCCGGGGAAAUGGACUCUUGGACAUAGAUUAUCGGGAUAAUAACUACCUAAAAUAAUAAACACGUUUGGAGAAACUUUAUUUGAAGGGUACUUUAAGCUUUAAGUGUCACUUUUGUGAGGGGUACGGGACUUAUGACAUGCUCUCUGCUUUUAUGCAAGCGAACAUGACUGGUCAACCAAGGGGAUCCCCCUCGUGGCUGGCUAUAGUAGCUACAUGCCAUAAGUCCUGUACCCCUCAUAAAAGUGACACUAAAAGCUCAAAGUACCCUUCAAAUAAAGUUUCUCCAAACGUGUUUAUUAUUUUAGGUAAUUAUUAUCACGAUAAUUCAUGUCCAAGAGUCCAUUUCCCCGGAUGAGACAAGAGUACCCAGAUGCAGCGCAAGAUGGCGGACCCAAAGACCAAAAACCGCAACAAAAAACCGCCAUAAGUUUCCGCAUUACCUCCGAUUGGCGGACCCAAAACAUGAACUUUGAACUUCUGCUUUGCGAUGCCAGAACAGUAGGUGGCGGUAUGUACCUACACUUUCUGACGGCAAAAUUUACAGAAGAAGAAGAACUCAAUCGACGUCGUUACAGGAGCACACACCUUACAAUGCGCAUUUGUACAGCGAAACAACGGUAAGGAAAAUAUUAUUUUAUAUUAUUUUAAUCAGGGCUUCCCCAGCCAGGACUUUGGCUCAGACUGUGGAAUCUUCAUGUUGAUGGUAGGUCAUAACGAGCUGUAAUGCACAAAUAUUGUAUCUAGAAUAACUUUCCAACAUGGACUUUUUUAAUGUUAUCUCACAUGUUGUCUCAUAAUUUUUUUUUUUUUAAGUCUGCCAUGUACAUCGUUCUGGACUCACAGUUUGACUACUCAGUUGUAAGUACUUUUCAACACGCAGUGUCAUCCUCAAGGUUGUAUUUUGUAUUGUGCACUAAAAUGAAAUACAAACAACAAUUUCAGCAUGACAUGCCUGUUUUGCGGCGAUGGUGGUGCCUGUUGCUCCUGGAGAACCAUUCUUUGAACAGGUAGACAGUUUAAAUAAACUAGAUGCCCUAAUUAACUGGAAGACAAUCAAUAUAUUGUACUUAAAGAUAUAUUGUCAUUACAGUUGUGGGAAAAUCUUCGCCCACUGGACCAAAGAAUGUAAACAGCUCAUUGCUGGAAAGCAUACUCCGGUCUUCAGACUAAAGAGGAAGGCCGAGCAGCAGGACAUAGAGGUUAGAAAAUUGCCUUCUAAAAACAGUAUUAUCUCAGUGGGAGUCCUUCAAAAUGCACACAGUUGUAUGGAUCAACAUUGUCUCGAUGUAUUUGGUAAUUGAUGUUACUUUUCAAAUUGCCUUGUCAAGGAAACCAUGACGCAGACGGCAUCGGAUGUCCGAAGAAUGUGCAUGGCAGAGUCGAUGCAAUUCUGUGUCUACCAGACAUCGAACAACACAGGAGAGAGGUGUGUUGCAGACUCAAUUUAAUAAAUGCAAUUAUCGGGGCCUAUUCAGUGAUUUUCCAUGAAGUGACCACUUUUACAUAUAGUUUAAAUGCACGAAUCAUGUGGUAAAAUUAUUUAUACAUUCAAAUGUGCUGCAGAGGUAUAAUCAAUUGGACAGCGUGUUUGUUUAAUAUUAUGUUUGUCUCUCAUUUGAUCAGAUUGCUUUACCCUGAGGUAAAAUUGAUCAAAUGGGUCCAGUGCAAGACGUGCAGGGGUUGGCUGCAUCUGGAUUGUGCUGGGAUGGAAAUGGAGCCGUUUGACUGCGGGUGCGAGGACUCAAUUGAGCAUCCUCGGUAUAACAUAAUUUAUCAAGGAAACAUAGUAUCAGUCAAAAAUACGAGGCUCAAAGGAUGAAAAAAUGAGGGCUUGCUCUUUUUCUUAUUUCUCUGCAGGGUCAAGGAUGCUGUCGACAGUGGAGGAAUUCAUGCUGUCUUUUCUAAGACACAGAUCAAGGUUGCUUUUGAAUGCACUAUCAGUUGUUAAAGCCACCGUUUCUUUUUCAGAUGAUUACAUUUUUGUCUCUUGCUCUUUGGUUUCAGACAUUACAUGAUGAUCUCCUGUCCGGAAAGCUCCGCUCAAACCGAAUGUUCCUUUGGAGGAAUCCCGCCACCUCACUCCGACUCAAGCAGCACCUCAAGAUAAAGACAUUAAGUUGGAGUGAGCAGCGCGUAAGUAAAAAUGCCAUCCAUCAUGAGUAUUUUUACUCUCAGGGGUGUUACAUUUGAAAGGUGUUUACUUUGUGUGUUUUUCUUCAAUAGAUGUACGAGCUCCUGCGAUUCAUUGAGGAGGCAACAAACAUUGCUAAAAAAAUAAAGACAGGCAAUAUUCAUCUGCUUGAUUUCGUUUUUGACGUCAUGCUCCCAGAGGUGAGUAGAUCAAACUAUAUAGCUUGCUUUGAAAAUUGAUGAUAUUGUUAAGAGGUUGUUCUUAUUCAUUUGGAAAGCUCAAGAACAACAAUUAACCCAUACUGCAUAACUUCAAUUGUUCACAUUAUUUGCCUGUUUUUCAGCUUUUGAUCAAAGCACUGAAGGAGCAUGGCAUCAGCCGGUUCAGAGCGGAGCUGAUGAUGGCCUGUGGCAAUGUGUUUUGAGCCCCCCACCACACCGACGUGCUGAAUUUUGUAUAUUUUUUUUUUACUGUUCACAAUUUUGUUUGAAAAAAAUUAAAGAAAUCUUCAAAGCAGUUGUAUGACAAUUUCCCAUUUCUUUACACAGUCUGUAAUGAUAUCGCUAUUCAAUUGUUUUUGCUAUAUGGCUCUUCUGAACCUUAAAGAGAUCAUGUGACUUGUGUCUCUACAACUAUUGUAUACUUGGAUUUUGCACAGUCAAGCAAUCCUGAAGAGGUUCACCAGGAAGCACACCAUUUCAUAAAUUAUGUCCCUGGUUACACAAUGUUACUAAAGGAUGGGGGGAGUAAAUUUGUGCAGCAACAUAAGCACUCUCAUAAAACAUAAUUAUGAACAACAGAAAAUAUGUGAGGGUCAGGGCAACAUUGUUGACAUUAAACAAGGUCCUAAUAGGAGUGGAGAAACAAGGUCACAGAGAAGUUAAGAAACAUUGAUGUGCUGUGUAAUAAAGCUAUUGGAGAGAAAAGUUAGAAAACACUGUUAUAUGAUGUGUAACGAGAGGUUAAAACAGUUCAUACUUGUAGCAAACUCUUACAAAAGAAUUUGAGUAAGAUGAUAACUUCUACAUACAUUUACCUAUUCUGACAAAUUAUCAGAAUAUGAGGACAUCAGGCUAUAUAUACAUAUUACUGUAAACUUCAGAAUUAAAUCAGAACAAAACAGUAGUCAUAAUUAAUACAUAAACGUUUUAUUUUGAUUUUUAGCUCAAUAAUAAAUUUAAUUCGAUUCUUAUGGAAUGAACGGAGGAAAAAAAAAAGGAUCCGGCGACUAAAUCCGACUACCUGAAGUAUUUCGGCGCCGGAAGUCCGCCAACGAGAAAGCCUUUCCACCGGAAGUAAUUGUUUUUCCGCCAAUCGGAGGUAAUGCGGAAACUUAUGGCGGUUUUUUGUUGCGGUUUUUGGUCUUUGGGUCCGCCAUCUUGCGCUGCAUCUGGCCUCCUCUCGGAUGAGAUGGGUUUUAUUCAUUAUUUGACGCUAUAAACACACUGACAUCCUCGAGCUUUUAUUUUGGUAUUUCCGGUUACCGGCAUUUGAAUUUGCAUAUUAGCUAAAAAUUUAGUUUCACCCAAAACAUUUAGAUUUAGAUUUAGCAUUUAGAUUUAGAUUCAAUAUUUAGAUUUAACAUUUAACAUUUAGGCGUAACAUUUAAUAUUUAGAUUUAACUAUUUAAAAUAUCUCUAAGUUGACAAAUAUUGUUGUAAAUGUGCAAAAAAAAUUAACCAUCAAAAGUUCAUACCAGUUUUUUAAACGUUGUUUGUAGCUAAAUGUGGCAAAAUGUUGCCGUUAUUUUCAGCAUGAGCCGCUUCACAAACGGCGCCCCAUAGGCCGCGACCGGGAGGUCGGAGCAGGUACGGCAACGGCUCAGCAGACAUUGUCGAGUGAGUGUACCCUUGUCCAAGCAGGGCUCACAAGUCGUAGGUGCAAAAGGGGAAUUCGCAUAUUCAUUUGAGUUCUCUGUCCACACAGGCGCGACAUGCAGGGACCUGGCAGGGCCCUCUGACACCGCCCUCCUCGCCGCUGCGGCUGAGGUCGAAUCCCAGAGUGAGUGUGUCUGAUUAUAAAUAUCUGUUUGUGCGGUGGCUGUUAAUGUAUAGCAGAUUAACAAAACUGUGUGUGUGUGUGUGUGUGUGUGUGUGUGUGUGUGUGUGUUUUUCAGGCACCAGGGACACCCUACCAGCACCCCCUGCAUCACAGGCCUUACUGCGGGCUGCAGUCCCCCAGUCUGCCACACCCGCCGCAGCCACAGCAGCAGUGGCGUCCCCUCCCCACGCAGGCGAUGAGCCCACACCGCCGGCAGCGACCACAGGCGCACAGGUAGAAGGGUGUGGCUUGCGUCUUUUAAAAAAACAAGUGUAGUUUUUCACGAGGAGCAUUGUGAUGUGAACCUUGGCCUUAACUAAGCUAUGUGACUUUCGCAGCUGCUCCCCAAGGGCUGGAGACAGACCUUGCCAGAGGAGCAGCACGAGUGGCUGGGCCGGGCUCUGUUCACCAUAGGCGCCAGGGGCCGGCCCGUCCUCACCACCGACCUUCGCCUCUGGUGGUACCCUCCUGGAGACCGGCCCCUCUACACCCAGCCACCCGCCUCAUUCCAUGAAUUCUUCCAGAGCCGGUUCUUCUUGUGGUUGCCCUACAAGAUGUGGGCAUACAGGCUUGUGUGUCCCGUCUGUAAACUCAAACUGACCGGCGCUGGCCUGUACAGGACUGUGCGGAGGGUCCUGGACAUGAGCAGCUGGUACUUCAUGGGCACGGAGUACCUGGAAUGCUGCUCAUGUCACAGGAAGUAUGCUGCGUGGGCACAGGACAUCCUGGAGCAGCUGGAUCUGGCACACAGGGAAAGGUUUCCAGCCGUUCUCACAUACAAGUAAGCAGAGAUGUGACACCGUCUCAAACAUCAGCAUGCUUCACUUGUUCUUUUGUUGUUUUUUGUUGCUGUUGUUGUAGUGUAUUUAACUUGACUCUUUUCAACCCCUGACCACCACAGGCUGUCCUGUGACAAGGCCGUCAUCGCCCACUUGAAGGAGCGCACCUUGGGCAAUAGUGCGUCUCGCCUCCGUUCUAUCCUCAUGGAAGAGCACACGAGGGACUGGAUGGUGCGGUGCAUGAACUAUCUUUCCGUGAUCCGCAAGCUUCGGGUGCCGGGAGAGCAGCAGCAGUUCUCCCUACCAACGAUGCACCCGGUGCCCGGCGUGUCCUGGCUGCUGUCCGUCUAUGUCAGGGAUGCCCUGCCACGCCUAGACGAGACAAAAGCCAGGAUCACGUCCAUCUUUGGGGACAUUUUAAAAAUGGGCUCCACCAAGAAGGUGAGUGACAAUUUUUAUUCAUGCAUUCAUUUAUUCAUUCAGUGAUUUUUAUGACUGAAAAAAAUAGCAAUUCUGUGCCUUCCUGGCAAGCGGAUGUGGCUGUUUGUGUCAUCUUCUUUCUGUCUACUGCAGAUGAUAAAGAAGCUUGCAGGAGAAGCUGCCGGUACAGCUGGCUGGGUCACCAAUGUAGGCAACGAGCACGGGCAGGUGCUCAUAUCCGUCCUCACCACUGACAAAGGGGACGGCCUGUUGCCUAUGGCGGCUGGACUUGUGCGGCGCUACAGAGAUGCCGGAAAGGCCCAUCCCAAGGUCUUGUACGUGGACCAGGACUGCUGCUCCGCCGUUGGACAGUGCAAGGUACUGCGCGGUGUUUGUAAAGCCGCCGGCAGAGCAGGAAGACGGUGUGUUUUUUUCUGACCCGUCAUUUCGUUUGUGUUCAAUGUUCAGCGAGUGGGAACAGCUGGUGGUGCGCCUGGACGUGUGGCACAUCAUGCGCCGCUUUUCCAGGGGUGUGACCACUGACAGCCACCAGCUGUUUGGCCUCUUUAUGGCACGUCUGUCCUUCGCCAUGUUUGAGUGGGACCGUGGCGAUGUGGAUAGACUCAGAGAGGCCAAGCAGUCCGAGGAGGGGAAGGACAGGGAUGCCUAUGUUCAGCUGUCGUCGAGGGAGCUGGCUCAACACUGCCGCCGCCACACCAGAGGACUGAAGGAGACCGAGCGGCUGGUGGAAGAGGUGCUGGACUCCUUCUGGGGGGCGGCGGACACCAUGGGCGUCCCACUCUUUGACUGUGAGAAGAUGGAGGAGAUCUGGAGCACCCAGCGACGUCACCUCCACUGCAUUCAGGACCCGCCAGGAGUGGACCUCUACAGAAAGACCGGGGAGGUGACCAGGGGAGGGGUCAAGCUCCCCGUCUUUCGUUGUGCCAGAGGCUCCACUUCCCUGGAGUCGUUUCACCUCCACCUGUGCCGCUUCAUUCCAGGUCAGAGUCUGAAAUGUGUGUUCAAAGUGUUUAGCUAAAUGUGUCUGUUUGUGACUCGCGACAGCUCUCCCUCUCUCUCCUCCUCAUUGUCUUCUGCUCUCUUUUAUCCUGUGACAGGAACAUCUGCGAGUGCAUUGCACUUUCAGGUGUACCUGCUGGAGGGGCUGGUGAGGUGGAAUGAAAACUGCGCCAGGGCUGCAGUGGAGGACGUUCAGAGGACGGAGCUGAGGUGCUACAGCGCCCAGCUGCAGCACAGCUUCAACCAGCUGACCCAAGAGUUCGUGGGAAUGACGCUGGUUGAAAACUACACCAGUCCCGGGGAGUACACAGGUAGGGCUCAUCGCAAGUGCAGGCCGUCACAGGCCAAGCGAGCCGAAUGAAAUCACCACAUCUGUCUUUUUUUCAGGUGAGCUCAUCGGUGUGGAGUACCUGUACUCCCAGACGGGCGUCGUGCUGCAGCAGGAUCUCGGCCAGGACCCGCAGGACAACGCUCCAGAUGGGACUGAGGAGGUGGAAGAGGCUUGGGAGGAAGAGGAUGGGUUCCAGGAGGAGGAGCUCCAGGACUUGAGGUUUGCUGACAACCUCAGCUUACUCCUCCGUCAAGCUGCCCGUACAGCCUGA